AUGGGUUUUGUAGAUGCGAUCAACUCAACAAAGCAAGGCAUUGAAGCGCUACAACCUAAGAUAGAGUAUUCCUUGGGAAAUUUUUAUAUAGCUCAAAUGAACAUUGGCACACCACCAUACUCUGCAUUAUUGCUAUUGGAUACUGGUACCGAUAACACAUGGGUUCAAGCUGCUAAGUGCGCCAUAUGUUUCCCCUUAAAAUAUGAAGGUUUCGAUUACCGUAAGUCUGAAACAGACUAUGCUGCAGCUUGUAAACAUCUCCUUUGUGUUCCCAAAAUAUGUAAAAAUAACAUGUGCCUUUAUGAGUCCGUAUAUAUUAACGGAUUUAGUUCCACUAAGGGUAUUCUUUCGAUUGACACAUUCACAUUCCCUUCCAAUGAGGAAUCUGUAAGCUUCCCAGAUUUAGUUUUUGGUAUGGGCUAUGAAAAUCAAAAUAUUAAAUUUAGUCGAAAAAUAGGAGGUGAGAAUGUAAUAGGAGGAAUUUUGGUGCUGCUUCCAAUAGAUGUAACUGUGUUUCAAUUGAGAGCUGAUCGUACUAAUGGAUUUGUUAUUGAUUCAGGAAGUGGAGCAACUUUUCUUGUUCCGAAAGCAUAUAACGUUAUCACAGAAGAGAUGAUUAAAUACUUCUUGGCAUAUAACUGGCAUCCCAUGGAGAUAUCAGACCUAGUACCAUAUGACCCUUGUUAUAAUGUCAUACCAAGUGGAGAUAAAAAAUUACCAACAUUAAAAAUUCGUUUUAUUGGAGCAGACCUUGAUCUAGAUUCUAAACGAAUCUUCGAAGUAAUUGACAAUAUGUUGUGCAUGAUUAUCAUGCCUAUUAAUGAACGAGGACCAAGUCUUCUAGGGGCAUUUCAACAAGUAGAUUAUCGAUUCUUGUUUGAUGUUAAAGCAUCUUUAUUGUCGUUUGCCCCUGAGAAAUGUCAAUUUAAUUAG